AUGGCACCAAACACUACAUCAGGAGAAGACGCCCAUUUCUCCUUUGCAAACAUUUCUGCGAUGCCGGUUUCCCUCGAAUCCCAGUCGUCCCCGGCUUACGACGACAGCAUCAAUUCUCAGCCUGCAAUCAACUCCGUCGGUCUAGAAAAUCACCAUGCUGGUGUUCCUUUGCCCCAACCCCACCUUCCACAUACCAUGAAGCAAGCGAGCUCCCUGAGUGACCCUUGCAUUGACGGCCUUAGCCGAGCGGUCCAGGAUAUCGAUAUCACUCUGCGGAAAGACCAAAUCGGUUCUGGUUUAUCGUUGGAUAGCCAAGAAAAUGGCCUUCUCAAACGAGAAAACUCCUUUGAUGAUGACCGCACCCAUCUUUCGAAUUCAUCGACGAAGAUGACGAACUUCGACUCAAAGAGCCUAGCCUCUGUUACAACAUUUGCUAUGGAUGAGAAGGAUUCAGUUCGACCCGAUGAUAGUGCCAGUGUACAAGCUAUUGAUGAUGAGGAAUCUUUCUCGGGCCCCGCAUCUGGCGCUCCAAACUCCACCACAGGGUCCGAGGCUGGAGGACGAGGAUUUCGAGACCAGUUCCGCGAAGGGAGUGCAUUGCGUCCUCGUGGAAUUCUCCCAGUCCCAGGGCCUCUUUUCAAUGAUGAUAGUCAAAGGGGUGUGGAAGCUAUUCCCCCAGACUCUGUUUCAAACAAUUUCAUUGUCCCUCCCAAUUCUGGAAGCAAUUCAGAUGGCUCCAGCCUGCAUGGCCUUCCAAAUGAACCCGAUGAAAAGCUUGUGGAAGCCAUGAAAUCCCCGAAGGACCGACUACUAAUUCUUCAACUUGAGGAGAAGAUCUGCAGGAACAAUCUUUGGAACUGCCCCCCCUCAAAUGCAUUUGGUCGCCUUCUUGCACAUAAACUUGGAGACUAUUACCAUUUGACACACUUUGUGGAUAACAAUGUGACGUCUGUUCGACUUCAUCGAACUCCCUACUGCAGACUACCCACACCUCUAUCUGAGAUCCAUGCCUCCAGUAAUACCACACCACCCCCAGUUGUUCCUGCUAUGAAGAUCAUGCGCCGAGCGGACUUGGAGCGCGCUUUAGGUGAAGGCAGUGUUGCGGCGAGCUCGUCUGCCCCAUCCAAGGCCACAUCCGAGACCGGGGACAGUGGCUUUGACGGCGAUCGUGCGGGUUCUUCUUCCGAUGCCACUCCUGCUAAGGACCGACUAGCACUUACUAGAGAGGAACGCGAAGCCAAAUACCAAGAAGUGCGCGAAAGAAUCUUCCGCGAUUUUCCAGAAAGUGCCAAGUCAGACACUGGCGACUCAAACCCCAAUAUGUCGAGAUCGAGUUCUACGACAGGACGCAAAAAGAACCAUAGACAGCGAAAUCCGAAUGAUGACGGCUUUGAAGCCCGUUCCCAGUUCAAUGCCUACUACCCAGGAGCCCAGUACACGAAUGGCUCGAUGUCAUACAAUGGUACAAUGGGUGAUGGGUAUUCCGCCAACCCGGUUCCCUACCUGGUUGGGCCAGGUGUACAACCACCCCCCGGUGGCUAUGUGGCUGCAGGUCAGAACAACGCGAUGCACCCAGGGCAAAUGGGUAUGAACAACAUGCCCCAGUACCCGAUGGCUGUGUCUCCGCAACUGGGCUCCAAUGGCCCUUGGCAAGGAGGUAACAUGCCGCAGCAGCAGCAGCAGCCCUAUUCUACUGGAUACGCGUCGAUGAGCCCAUCCAACAUGAUGGGCCAACAGUCCUCAAACAAGCCUUCGCCGACAAUGAACAAUUACGCCAUGCCCCAAUCUCAACAGUACCAACAAUCUCCCAAUUGGAACUCCACCCCCUACCCUGGCAGUGUUCAACAAUCCCCGCUUCAGCGGAACCAACCACCUGUGCAUUGGCCCAACUACCCCCAACAACAGUCCAUGACGCCCAACAUGGCUGCCAAUCCUUACGCCCAGUUCCCUGGCCAGCAUCUCAAUAAUGCCAUGCAGAACCAAGCCGGUAGACCUGGGAUGCCAGGAGCAUAUGAGCGAUCUCAAUCCCAUUUCAACCCCCAGACCCGGGCAUUCAUUCCGGGCGGGGCACCACUACCCCGACAUGCAAAUACAAGCAGGGGAGCACAGCAGCCAAUGCCAUACGGCAAUAUUCAAGCAAAUCUGCCCGCUCAGCCGCAAUGGAAUGGAUACUCAGACCCGAUGCAAGCCCGAGGCCAAGUUCAAGGCCAAGAUCACUCAUCUGUCAACACAAUUCGCACCGCAAGCGUAAGCUCUCGGGGUUCAAUCGCGAAAUGGGGCACCCCCUCACAUCUUCCUCCCAAACCACCCCCAUCCGAAGUCCCCUCCGAAUUUGACCUCGGCGGUCGAACGGGCCCGGCCCCGGGCCCAUCUUCGUACCAGAGCAAUGGAAUUCCUUUACCUGCUGGUAUGAAUGGGCCUCUGGUUGUUUCUAGUGGAGCCGGCGCCCCCAAAAUGAAUUAA